UCAACGUUACGCUAUACGUGUGCUAUACAUAAAGCGGCGCGUAGCGGGCGCGCGUCUAGUCCUCGGCUACCAUCCGCGGCGACAGCACCCUGGCGCCCCGCGAUGCCUGCAUGGAGCCCGCGCCCCCUGCGCCUGGGCAGGCGCCCUCGCUGCCCGCUACCCCUGAGCACCCCUCCUCGCCGGCGAAUGACGACGACGAGGUGCUGGUGCCUACUGAUCCGGAAAAAUGGGAUGGACGCGACGUGCGACGCUGGGUUCGAUGGGCGUCGCGCGCUUUCAGUGUAAGCGCCCCGCGAGCGCAUCUACUGCCGGACUCAGGCGCAGCGCUGCUUGAGCUCACCGACCAGCAAUGGCUGCAGGUGUGCUCCGGCAACGAGCAGUCCGCGCGGCUGCUGCGCGCGCAUCUUCAGCACGCACGCUGCGCGGCCGCCGGCCUGCCGCCGCCGCCGCCCCUGCCCGACCACCAAGCGCCCAGCACCGUCGCCAUACCCUACAGUAAGUGCCCUAAAUGUGUGCCCCUGCCCGAACACUAG